AUGGAAUUUCUCCUACUCUCCAAUCUGAAAAUCCCCUUGGAAGCGCACAACACCCAAGACUGCGAAUUUUAUGGAUACAAUCCGGCCUCGAAAAAUCCCGGCCGACAUGCGUCCUUCUCCUGCAACGAAAUCUACAUCGAGAUCCUGCUCCCGUUCAGCACCAGCCAAACCCGGCUCCGACAUUGUCUCCCCUCCCACAACUGCACCUAUCUCGAAGUCGAGUCAUCUAACGACCCAAUCACUUUGCGAAUUCCGAUCUUCGACAAGCCGAUCUACAACAGGUUCACAACAGCCCUAUCACUCUGGCAGAACACCAUCCUGAUCCGACAUCGCAACGUCAGCUGUCCAAUCCCGCUCUGUUCUACCACGAUCAGCUGCACCUUUUGUUCUCUUUAUGGACAACAACUGUACCAUUGUACCCACACCAUCGCGAUCAGCAGCCUGACCAUCAGCCUCGGCCUAACGUUGGCGAUCAUCUGCUAUCUUCUCAAGAAAACAAUCUUCCCGACGACAAGCCUUUUCGCCCUCUGGCAAAAUAUCCGGACUCGAUUAGCCAGGACCGCGCCAAUCACCACAUCUCUGCCACUUGCAACCGGGAUUCCACCUCCAGAUCCUCCAACCUCUCCACCUACGACUCUGGACACGACAUCAAAUCCAAGAAGCCGACGACCCCGACAUCGUAAACGUCUGCGACGAACACACGACGACCAGUCUACCCAUUCUACUCCACUUCCCUCGGACAUCCCCAAUCAAGCCACUGCUGCCAACGCACCAGAUCCGCCUCACCACCACACUGCACCUCCACAACUUCGAUAUCAGAAGAAACCCCUGCCUGUCAAGAAACCUAUCAGCAGCAAGGCCAUUCUUCUCGCCAUCUUCGCCAUGCUAACUAACAUCCAAGCCUGCAGCAACAUAGCCAGCCUUUCCGGACACAACCUUCAUUGCAGUGUCGACAGUCAAGGAACGAAGAAGUGUGCUAUCAGCAGCGAGCACCUAUUAAUUCUUCCUUCCACCCGACAGCAAACCUGCCUCGAACUCAACGGCCUGCUUCAGAACAACAGCCACCCACUUGGACAACUCCACGUCCAAUAUCUCCCCCUACAAUUUCGCUGCCAACCUAAAACAAUCUUCUUCACAAGACAGCACACUUUUGAAACUGCUUCUUCUCGGCGAUGCAAGGGCGCCGGCCCAUGCGAAGACAACUACUGCGAAAAGGUCGACAUACACGACCGUAUCACCGAAUUUGACAGCACCGUCAACAACUACCCCGGCUACAGCUACUGCAUCCCAGCCAGCCCCGGUUUCUCAGCCGGAUGUGUACUCUUCACGGAGAGCGGUUGUAUGUUCUACCGACUACAUGCCCGACCACUUCAUACCACCAUCUAUCAAGCCUUCGAUUGCACUGCCUAUACACCACUACUCCGCGUCAGUGCCACUUUCCUUGACAGCAAUGGACUAUCUACCAACUACUCCGCGCUCGAGUUGUCUCCCGGUAUCCCAACCCAGCUGUCUGACCAUAUCCGUAUGACCCUCGGCGCCAUCAGCGUUCCACCAUCUCCACUGCUCGCUUCCACCUUCCUCAAAAGACUGACGGAUCAGAAAAUCACUCGACAUCCACAACACUUCAAUCCCCCUAACCCGGGCACCAUCUCACAGCUAAUCUGUCCGAGCGCCAAAGAUGCCGAACUCUUCAACUGUAGUUUUUCCCAAACGACAUGCCAGUGCCACCCUGGUGAGGACCACGUUCGUUGUGAUUGUCCUACAGUCAACCUCGACCUCUACUUCGAUCACCCGGAACACCAACUUCCACUCACAACGGAACAGUACACCUUCACCGCCAACUCCAUUACGAACGACCUCCUUAUCGAGAUGUCUACCGGAACUGUCACCCAGAUUAUGAUUGAAAUCAUCAACGCUAGCGCCACCGUCACCAGCUCUUCUGCCAUCUGUGACUUCAACAUCUCGGAAUUUCACGGAUGCAUCAAUUGCGACAGCGGCGCUAACGCCUACUACUCCUGCAAAACGGAUUUUGGAACCACCACCGCUUCCCUUGAGUGCCUUCAACGCACCUGGCCGAUUGAAUGCACCUACCAAGGAAUCAGCAACUUCCUCACCAUAUCUCAACCCUCGUCCACCAUCAACACCUCCUGUGCCCUUCACUGCAACGGAAUCACCAAAUCUAUCCCUAUCACCGGCAACCUGACCCACCUUCCGCCCAUCGCUCUUCAAGUAGCUCGCACCAACUACGUCAGCGCACUGACGGAAUCCGAAGGCCUCUCUCUAACCGGAAUAUGGGAUUCCAUUACAUCUGGCCUCUUCUCCAAUCUACGAAUCCUUCUCUGCAGUCUCGCAGUCAUCGCCAGUAUCCUCCUUCUCUGUUGCUGCUAUCUACAAGGUUGCAGCUCUCUACUUCCUCAUCGAUUUAUCGCCGCCCGGGGAGGGCCGUCACCGACGACGGAUACAAACUGCCGCCCGGCGGAGUGUCACCGCAUCGGUGAUCACACAACACCAAAUGGAAUCGGUUCCCACCAUGAAAGCUAUAAAACGCCAACACGACCCCGCUCCACGGAA